AUGGAGCUCCUCACACGACACCCUCAUCCAAUACCUCUGGGCAUGAAGGAACUCGGUCCUAUCUCCGAUUUGGCCCCAUUUUCAGCCUUGAUCAUUUCCAUUGUGCUGGUUAUAUUCUUCAUUGCUCGAUUCUACGUCCUGGAAGGGUUUCUCAUCCGCCGUCUAUAUGGCUCGAUCUACACGAAUAUGAGCGAGCUAAACCGCCGUGGCUUCGUGAAUCAUCACAUUGCCGGUGUCACCAAGUUAAUCAUUCUGAUUGUUGCCGCAUACCCAUUUGUCAGUGUCGCUUUCUGCAAAGGGCCGUCAUUCAACACGCCCUUCGUCAAAGGCUCGAUGGUGACACUGGGAGACAUCCUGAUUAUUGUGGCCCAGAUGUUGAUUGGAAUAUACAUUUUCGAGCUGAUCUACCGGGUGAAGUUGUCACCCGUGGCCGUGAUGCACCACAUUGGGACCAUUUUCAUUGGCCAAGCGGCCAUAGCAAUUAGUCUGCGCCCGUUACGCGAAUCUGAUGCGUACAUCGAGUUUGUCCUCUGCACUGUCUGGGGUGCAUUUGACACCGUGUUCGAGUUGUUCCCUCACGUCGCUAUAAUUCUCUACCGCAUCUUCCCCAACCGGCACCACCUCCUCAGCAGGAUCUUCCUCUUCUCCUGUUUCACAACCGCGUUGGGGACAGUCACCGAGACGGUUGUGACAAUGUGGCUGUUUGGAAGUACAUGGGACCGGUGGCGUCUUGCCUUCAAGGUUGUCACGCCGCUUCUGCAUCUGGCUUUCUCCGCAGCCCAGAUACACGGCACUCUUGUCUUCUGGCGGAUGUACUGCCGACAAAAGCGCUUCGAAAGGGAGGCUGACGAAGAAGCCAAGGAUAGCUAUGUUGGGGGAGUGGACUCCAGAAAUGAUUUUCAAUCCCAACGCCAGAGCGGGCGGAUUACGGAGGGGGAGGGCAACUGUGGCUGGCACACUGUGGAAUCGGGGGUCCCGCUUGUUAAUGCUGCUGAGAAGGCAGGUUAG